CAUUCCUUGCUGGUAGCCAUCAAAAUCCGCGUGAACGACGAUAAUCUCUUCGGCGAGAAGCGAAGGGGUCAUAUCUGCCACUGCGACAAUUGCCGCAAAGUUGCAGGAGGGAUAUUCGGCGCAAACUUGAUCAUCGAGGACGAAAAGGUUGAGUUCCUCAAUGGCAAGGAAAACUUGCGAAGAUAUGAGGAUCUGGAUACCCUCAGCGGGACACCACUUGGAAGAUUUUUCUGCCAAACCUGUGGAGUGCCCAUUAUGAGCGUUACGCCGAACUACAAGGGCAAAGUUGUAUUGAAAUUGGGAAUUGUACGAGUUCACCCCAUA